AUGAAUGUUUGUCUUCCCGUGACUUAUACAGAAAUAUCCUUACAUUCAGGCGAUUAUCAACCGUCCAGCUUCCAACGAGAGUCGAGAAUAUAUUUUCAGGAGAAGCCUCACCCGUCCGUCAUCAACUCACAUCUUUUUGCUGCAUUUGACUUAAUGGAAGAUACGAACUCGAAGCUGAAGAUGUGCAAGAAUAAAGACCUUAACCUUAAGUCCGAGAACAACAGCAACAACACUAGCAGCAGUAACAGCAAUAUUUUGGAACUGAAGCCACCGACGCUAAGUAAAGUAUGCGAUGUUGGUCACUCUAGUCAAGUAGAAAAUAAUGACCCGUCCGUUGGUAUCAGCGGGGCCGUCGACGAUGACCUUAAAAGCGAAGACAGAAACGAUUUGAAGAGAAAGAAACGUCGAAACCGCACGACUUUUACGAGUUUUCAACUUGAAGAACUCGAGCGAGUUUUCCAGAAGACGCAUUAUCCUGACGUCUACGCGAGGGAACAGUUAGCAGUACACUGUGAAUUGACGGAAGCCAGGGUACAGUUUCAAUUCUUCCUUUUUCCAAUUUAUCGCUUUUUCAUUCUAUCACUUUUCAAUUUAUCUCUUUUCAAUUCCUCCCUUUUUCGAUUCCUCCAUUUUCCAAUUCCUCCCUUUUUCAAUCUAUCCCUUUUUCAGUUUAUCACUUUUCCAAUUUAUUCCUUUUUCAAUUUAUCCCUUUUUCAAUUUAUCCCUUUGUCAAUUUAUCCCUUUUUCAAUUCCUCCCUUUUUCAGUUUAUCACUUUAUCAUUUCCUUCUUUUUCCAAUUCCUUUCUUUUUCAAUCUAUCCCUUUUUCAAUCUAUCCCUUUUUCAGUUUAUCACUUUUCCAAUUUAUUCCUUUUUCAAUUUAUCCCUUUUUCAAUUCAUCCCAUUUCAGUUUAUCCUUUUGUCGAUUCCUCCCUUUUUCAAUUCAAUCCUUUUUCACUUUUUCAAUUUUUCCCUUUUUCAAUAUAUCCUUCUAUCACUUUAUCAUUUCCUUCUUUUUCCAAUUCCUUUCUUUUUCAAUCUAUCCCUUUUUCAAUCUAUCCAUUUUUCAAUCUAUCCAUUUUUCAAUUCAUCCCUUUGUCAAUUUCUCCUUUUUCAAUUCCUCCCUUUUUCAAUCGACUCCUUUUUCAGAUCCUUCUUUUUACUCUGCUUUCACAACACUUAAGCCAAAAACAUUGCUUUUAACCUCCCCCUUUCACUCCCUCUCGCCUCCCUCCCUCUCUCCCUCUCGCCCCCUCUCCCUCCCUCUCGCUACUUUCUCUCCUAACUUUUCUUUUUCUAUCUCCUACAACGCCUUUCCACACACACCCCUUCUUGCGUCAUUCUCUUCCAUUCCACCACCCCCCACUUCUAGCCCCCGGUCGCUUGUCUCCUACGGAGGCAAUGCACAAUGCCGCAAAAAACAUGUGUUUCUAUUGACUUUGCCAGCACCAUCCCUUAUUCGCUGA